CUGGGGCCCCACACAGACCUCCUGGGGCCCCACACAGAGCUCCUGGGCCCCGGCCCCCCCCCCGGGCCCCUGCGGGGGAAGGCGUCCUGCCGGCGGAAGCGGGAGUUCAUCCCGGAGGAGAAGAAGGACCCGCAGUACUGGGAGCGGCGGCGGAAGAACAACGAGGCGGCCAAGCGCUCGCGGGAGAAGCGGCGGCAGAGCGAGCGGGUGCUGGGGGGCCGGCUGCUGGCGCUGGGGGAGGAGAACGCCGCCCUGAGGGCCGAGCUGCGGGCCCUCAAGCUCCGCUUCGGCCUGCUCAGCUCCAGCGCCUACGCCCGGGAGCUGCAGCCCCCCCCCCCGGGCCCCCGGAGCCCCCCCCGGGGCCCCCCCCGGGGCCUCGGCUCCCCCCGCAGCUCUGAGGACGAGCAGCGGGUCCCCAGGGGCCCCCCCGCCCCCCCCGGCCGCUCCGCGCUGCCCCACAAGCUGCGCAUCAAGGCCAGAGGGGUCAGCGUCAAAGUGGAGGCCCCGGACCCCGAGUACGAGGGGGGGGCCGGCCCGGAGCCCGGCCAGCCCCUGUCAGAACAGGUCAGCAGCAUGCAGCGCUGGAGCCCCCCCCACGGGCCCCUGCUGGGCCCCGGGCCCCUCCAGGCCUCGGGGGACAUGAAGCACAGCUCCUGGGGGGCCCAGGACCUGUGUGUGAGGCCGGGGGGGGGCGGCCUGAGGGCAGCACACACACCCGGGGGCAGCUGCUCCCCCCGGGGCCCCGCCGGCACAGGGCCCCUCUGA